AUGAGCCACGACUCCGAAGCGGGUGCCGCUGAGUACACAGGUGCUCUCUGGCUGAACAUUCAAUUUGUUCCCUCUGAUAGUGACUUGUCAGAAAGGGAUCUCCUCGAGAAGAUUCUUAACUCGAUUCAAAGUCGACAAGUGACAAUUUCCUGUCAUGAUCUCAGCUCGUACGCAUCUUUCCUUUUUUCCAUCAAAAUCAACGGGCCAUUCAGCGGCGUGGAUGAUAUUUAUAAAGAAGCCUCUAGUACUGUUGAGGCUUGGCUACAGACAGUUGACCUGAUGGGACUUCCAUUUUCACGCUGGGGGGAUUUUUAA